AUGGUCCAUAUGCCCGCGGCAGCAGACUUUCCAUCCUUCUACGACCUCGGCCCCACGACACAGAAGAAGUGCAUAUACCCCACAAAGAAGGGGAAGCGAUGUGGCAACAAUCGCUCGAGCCAGGGCGAGGCCAGAGUGCGCGAGCUCUGGAACGGUUUCACCACGACUGUGGGAACCCCAGAACUUGCACUGUUGCAAGAAUAUGCGCGACUCAACUGCUGCGCGGCCCGUGGCAACUUUGCCGGGCACCAGCGGGCCAUCGAGAAUAACCCACCAUUGCUGCGUCUCGUGGCGGAAAAAUGGACGAGCGAGAUCCAGAUACGCAAGGAGACCGGUGGCGAAAUAUCAGUCGCGCAGAAUAUCAUCGCGGGCUCGAAGGCACCCGCAAACGCCGGGGUCAACGUGCCGGAGAAGACCGCCAGCCACGGUGUGUCGCGUUUCCCUGCUUUCCAUGAGCUCGUGCCCUACGGUCCGCGACAGUGCAUAUACCGCAAAAAAGACGGUGAAAGGUGCGAUUUCGAAAGCGACGAGAUUGCCGAAGCGGAGUACUUUUAUGAGCAAAUCAUCGCCUCUGAAGAUCUCCCUGAACUUGAUCUGCUGUUGGAAUACGCAUGGAGCAAUUGCUGCGGACCUCGAAAAGAUGGGGUCGGCGCCAGGCACCAGGAUAGCCUUCAGGACAAGCGACUGUUGGUGCCCCUCGCAGAAAGAUGGCGUGAAGAGAUCCGGAAGCAGCGAGCCUCGGAGCAACCUGUUGUUGCGCCGCGAGAAGCGCGGUACAAUCUUCGUUCUGCAUCAAACGAACAACCCAAAACCCCGGCAAGACGAUUCGGUUCCGACUAUUCCCCGUCGCGAUUAUCUACAUUCAGACGUCAUGCCGAAGAGCCUACCAAGAACGUCGCACUCAGGAUGAAAGACCCACUCAUUGGACGAGACUUCAAGAGCGGGUGUCUCUAUAUAUUCAGCCGGGAUCUCUCUCCAGGCUACGUGAAAAUCGGCUGGACGGGAAGAGCUGUCCAGAAACGUCUCGACGAGUGGGAGGAGGAUUGCGGGUACAAGCCGCGCCCCGAGCACAACACAGACACUGUGCGAUACGUCCAGCGUGCUGAAAGUCUUGUGCACUAUGAGCUCAUCAAUGAAUGGCGCGCCGAAAGACAAUGCGAGAGCGCGAAAUGCAGGAAGACGCACAAGGAAUGGUUCGAGGUCACCGUGGAUAGGGCAACAGAAGUGGUCACAGGCUGGGCAAUGGUCAUGGAAUGCAUCCAGCUAUACGCCGAGGAUGGCACGAUCUUGGACUCAGCGAAAACCAUGAUAGACGGUAUGGCGACAGAUGGCGUGCCUGUCACAGCAAAGGCGCUGCUGGAGCGACAUUCGUUGCUCUCUAAGAAGAGACCCGCAGCUCCUACCGUCAAAGAGCUAGGCGAGUCCGGGCAUCCUCCAGAUGCUGCCAUCAUAUUGCCACCAAGGACGCCUUCCUUGUCAGCGAUUCCAGAAAAUCCGCUGGAAUUGGACUUGUCGACAAACUCUGAACUUCGAGAGCCGCCCCACGCAAGUCUUGACGACUCAGGCAUCGCUUCUACUCCGGACAGCUUGUUCUUUACGGAGAAGGACAUAGCUGCCAAGACAAGCACAAGGGGCGAAGGAAAAACGAGGGAACCAGAAUUGAUCAAGCCGGUGAAGCUCUCACUGCCGCUUUCGCCGCCCUUGACUCCAGUAAGGCGUCUGUCCAGCUCUCCCACACCAGACUAA